AUGCCGCGCGGCAUAGGGGGCUUCCUGCUGCCCACCGUGGCUGGCCAGGAAAACGAACCCGAUAGCCUUUUUGAAGAGCUCUUCCAGAAGCUGGACCGCCGCGGGGACGGGAUGGUGGACAUCGUCGAACUGCAGAAAGGACUGGAAGCUAUGGGCAUCCCUCCCGGCCAGGACGGGGAGGUGGGCCGCGAGGUAAUUUUAAAAUCUGCUGAUAUUAACAAGCAUAAUCUGCUGGACCUUGGCACAUUUAUGCAGUACCUUAAAGAUAAUGAGAUAAAAAUGAAGUUGACUUUUAAGAGUUUGGACACAAAUAAUGAAAGUUUGUUUUUAUACAGUUAG